AUGGCGUGCCCUCAAAAUAUCAUCAUUGUGGGAUCAGGGGUCUUUGGGUUGUCUACAGCAUACUCCAUGGCUAAAGACAAAGUAUUCUCUCAGACAUCAAUCACGUUGGUCGACUCAUGGGAGUUUGAGCCGCCCACCAUCCCAACGGGUACUUCGAUCAGCAACCCUGGUGCCGCAAACCAUGACACAUCCCGCAUUAUUAGAAGUGAAUACCCCCACGGCCCCUAUGCGAUCCUUGCCAAGGAAGCUCACACGCAAUGGCGAGGAAUGUGGGGUGCGGAUGGUCGCUACACAGAGCGACGACUUCUGCUUUCAGCACAGGGUAGCUCUUUGAGAAGUUCACGACGAGCUGGUGAGACAGUCAAUUAUGUGAAAAAUGCGUAUGAGCUUAGUUGUCAGCUCUCUGUUUGUGGUAAAGACGGUCUUCAAAUCCUUGACUCGCUGAGUGAAAUUCGAUCUGAGCUAGGACUGUCAACUACCUCUGCCUCAACCUCUGAGAAGGAUCUUCGAGGAUAUAUUUCGCUGGAUGCCGGAUGGGCUGACAGCGGGGCAAGCAUUGCAUGGCUGCGACAGAUGGUUAUCCAGACCGGUCGUGUGCAAUUUCACACCGGAUAUGUUCGGUCCCUCAUCUAUGCUGGAAAUCAAAGUGAUGUAGUUCAAGGCGUUCUACUUGAUGAACGCAAACUAUUUGCUGACCUUACUAUCGUCGCUGCGGGGAGUCAUACCCCUCGCAUUCUUGGAAUGUGUCAAUUAUGCGACGUGUACAGUGAGUUAGUUGCCUAUAUUCAGCUCUCUCCUGAAGAAUGUGUUCAUUUCGAAGAAUUGGAUCUUCCCAUCAUCGUCAAUGCCGAUCGGUGUGUUUUUGCGAUCGCACCGGAUCGGGAGGGGUUCUUGAAGCUUGGGAAGUUCUCACAUAGUGGACUUGUUGAUGUUCGUCAAUGCGCAGGCGUGGAUAUCGGGCCUAGAGAGACCCAUUUUACAGCUCGUGAGCAAUGGAGUGAAUCAGAAUUUGGCUGGGGAGAUUACAGAGCAUUUUUGAAUGAGCUGUUUGAACCUUCCAACGGUACGGAAAUGAAGUCCAAUGAUAGUAUCGCUCGUCGUUCAUUCGCGAAGAUUCGUCGAUGCUGGUACACCGAUACCCCUGCGACUGACUUCAUCGUUGACUACCACCCUGCGUCUCAAGGAACGCUUUUCGUGGCAUCCGGGGGCUCUGACCAUGCUUUCAAAUUUCUACCGGUCAUCGGAGACAAAGUCGCCGGUAUCAUUUUAAGGGGUAAAAAUCUACCAGCUGAGUCCGAUGAUGAUGCCAAUUUGACAGCACUGCGUGAAGCUUGGCGGUUCCCGCGUAUUUAUUCUACAAGCAAGCUCUGA